CACUGCGUGGGCUGGCGUCCAUACUUUCUACCCGGAGCUACGUCUCGUUCAGUCUGUUGUAGACAGGAAUUAAACAUGGCCAACGACAGGCAGUACCACCUCAAAUUUGACGGCAAAAACGCGGCAUCUGUAGACCAAUAUCUAGAAUAUUCAAGAAUCGUAGGGGAUGAUGAUGGAGGGAAGAUGUUUACACCGGAGGAGUUCGAGGAUUACAAAAAGAACGUUCUACCGAAGCGGAUGAAAAAUCGACUGUACACCAGCUGGUCAUCUCCUACAGGUAUGGACUGUAAACUGAUUGGACCGGAAACACCUUGUUUCUGUAAACACAGGUAUAAGCAGCAUAAGACGGAUUUUGAUACAGUUCCCACGGAGCGGCCUAUUAUGUUGCCAUGCCGACAGAAGGGAUGCAAAUGCGCCACGUACCAUUACCUUCCGAUGAAUGGUAGUCAGCCGAUCAGGUGUAGCACGUGCAAACACACUGCAGAUGAACACUCGGAGGAACAGCCACGGCUCGUGUGCAAACGCAGAGGAUGCAGCAAAUGUACCGGCUUUACAAGCUCCUUCUCUUGCGCAUGCGGAGCGGUGCUAAAACAGCACAAAAUGAUCGUAGAAACAGCGGAGGAGAGGGAGGCGAGAGGACAUCCCCUGGGGGAGGCCACACCUUAUGCAGCCAUGGGCGGGAUCACUGGCUUUUCUUCUAUGGCUGAAGGCUACAUGCGUCUGGACCCAAGCGGUAGAGGUGCGCCAUCUAAGGGUUACCUAGAACAGUCGAUCACGUCAGCUGACAACCCUUACCUUCGUUCUAACGUACAGGCCAUCAAAUCUCACCAGAUGAGGAAGAAAGAGACAGGUUUGACAGGGCCGGAAGACGAAAUAUUUGACGACAUUACGGAGCGAGUGUCUCAGAUGAGGCGUCCAGGAGAGGAGGACAUGGAAUACUACGAGCGGCGACACCUAGAACGGCAAAAGCACGCAGAGACAGGUAGGGGGCAGACAUUACAUGCCAACCAGCUCAAGGCAGGGUCGCGGAAGGCCAUAGAGGACAAACCGUCGUCUGGACGUCCCAAGUCCAAGAAAUAGACUCCAGCGAGGAUUGAUUAAGGGGAGAUAAUCCGUGCCUAAUUGAACAGAAUCCAUGACAAACGAUGCAAGAACAAGUUAAUACUUGGAUUGAGUUUAAUAUGCCAAUGGCAACGGUCUCAAACCUGUGUAUUUCAGAUGCAUUUAAAUGGUGCUUUGAUUGUAUUGAUUCAUCCGUCCCGUUUGCAAUUACAUUUAUUAUAUUUGCCUUCGUGUCAUCUGUCUUGUUGCUCCUCGCCUGCCUAUCCUGUCUGCAAGUUGUUUUGCUAUUCCGUCUUUGCAUAUUGCAGAGUUAUCUUCUCUUGUGAGCAGGUAUUGAUUGUUACGUCAU